UAGCUUGGCCGGCCACCCGCGCUUCUUCCGGGCCUCCGUGCAGUUGGGCUCGGCCCGGACUAGCGUGCCGCGAUGGGGAUCCUGGAGAAGAUCGCGGAGAUCGAGAAAGAGAUCGCCCGGACACAGAAGAACAAAGCCACGGAGUACCACCUUGGCCUUUUGAAGGCAAAACUUGCAAAAUAUAGAGCUCAGCUUCUGGAACCUUCAAAAUCAGCUGCAGCAAAAGGCGAAGGGUUUGAUGUGAUGAAGUCUGGAGAUGCCCGAGUGGCUCUGAUCGGGUUUCCUUCUGUGGGUAAGUCCACGUUUCUGAGUUUAAUGACAUCUACGGCCAGUGAAGCAGCCUCCUAUGAGUUCACUACAUUGACCUGCAUUCCUGGAGUCAUAGAGUAUAAAGGAGCCAAUAUUCAGCUUCUCGAUCUGCCAGGGAUCAUUGAAGGAGCUGCCCAAGGGAAAGGUCGAGGGCGCCAAGUGAUUGCUGUGGCCCGGACAGCAGACGUUGUAAUUAUGAUGCUGGAUGCCACGAAGGGGGAAGUGCAGAGAGCUCUGUUGGAAAAAGAACUGGAAUCGGUAGGCAUCAGGCUAAACAAAUAUAAACCCAACAUCUACUUCAAGCCGAAGAAGGGAGGGGGCAUCUCCUUCAAUUCAACAGUGAUGCUAACACAGUGUUCUGAGAAAUUGGUGCAGCUCAUUCUCCACGAAUACAAAAUCUUCAAUGCUGAGGUCCUGUUCAGGGAAGACUGCUCGCCAGAUGAGUUCAUCGACGUGAUUGUUGGCAAUCGGGUCUACAUGCCUUGCCUUUAUGUUUACAACAAAAUCGACCAGAUCUCCAUGGAGGAAGUAGAUCGCCUGGCUCGGAAACCCCACAGCGUCGUGAUUAGCUGCGGCAUGAAACUCAACUUGGACUACCUGCUGGAGAUGCUUUGGGAAUACCUGGCCCUGACUUGUAUUUUCACCAAGAAAAGAGGCCAGAGACCAGACUUCUCUGAUGCCAUAAUUUUACGGAAAGGUGCCUCUGUGGAGCACGUGUGCCAUCGGAUUCACCGGACAUUGGCCAGUCAGUUCAAAUAUGCUUUGGUUUGGGGCACCAGCACAAAGUACAGCCCCCAGCGAGUCGGACUCAACCACUUGAUGGAGCAUGAAGAUGUCAUUCAAGUAGUCAAGAAGUAACCCUGCUGCGCUGCAGAGCUGCCGAUGCCUCGGCCUGCCCUGGAGAGUCCCAGCAUGACUGAACAGCAAACUGUGUAAAAGCCAAAAAGGGGGAGGGGGCUUUUCCUCCCACUUCCAUGAAGCACGCACAGGGGUAGGAAGAGUGGGGGCAAGCAUGCGCUCGCAGGGAUGAGGAGGUUCCUGUUUGAGCAUCACUGCCGCAGCAUGCUCCUGGGUGCCUUUAAAACUUUCAACAAGGGGUCAGUUUGGAAUUUAUUGGCUACCCGGUCCUAGGGGUAGCCUGGAGAAUUUUGCCUUGGAUUCAGGAACCAGUCAGAGGGGAAAGAGAGCCCAUCCUUCCUCCCCAGUGAACCUCCAGCUGGAACGAGCAGCGCAUCAUUUUCUUCCAGUUUCAAAAAACAGAACUUGCGUGCUCCCAGGUGGAUAAGCGUCAUCGGUUGCAAUAAAGCACGAAGACUCGUUCAGAGAUGGCUCUGUUUGGGACAGCCACCUGGUGGAGGUUCCUUCUCCUCCGUGUUCUGUCUGGGAGAUUAAUAACUUCCCUGGAGGUAAGGGAAACGAGGCCUUCCCUCUGUUCCCUUUGCCUCCCAGUAAUGCACAUUUUGCAAAACAGCAACUGAAACUUUGCCCCCCUCUUUGCAAAGUUCUGUUCCAAAAUUUUAUGUCUGGUUCUGGACUUCUCAUAAACUGUGUAUCCCUGUUAGUUGAAAUAAAGAAUGGUUCUGCUUUCUCUCUAAAGCAUUGU